CAGUCGACGUCAGGGGCCCCAGGUACCACUUCUAGCCAAAGUACGAGCUCCAGGUACCACUUCUAGCAAUCAGCAUCCACCCGAAGCCUUCUUUCCCCCAAAUCUUCGGCAAGAGCUAGUACCUUCCGGCAAGCAAUUACUUCCAUCGUUAUCGGAUCGGUGAAGCCAGCGUCGAUUACGAGGGACGCUCCCAAGAAGCUGCCGUCCGCCGCCACCGCCCCUCGAGCCUGCUUCUUCGCAGGAGCAGCAUCGACAUUGACCUUGAGACAGCCCAUAGGGGGCGGGAUCCACUUCGGCCGCCUAGCACGAAUAGCAGCUCAGAUCCGCAUCAGCUGCAGCGGUGUGCUCGUCUUAUACAUGACAGCAUCUCGUUGACGCCAGGAAGCCACACUCCCGCAGCUGCAGCGAAUUUACACUGCAGGUCGAGGCUAGCUGAGAUCCAUGGCGUCGAGCAGGGCGAUCUUGGCCAUGGGCCUCCUUGCCGCCGUGCUGUCCCCCGCCUUGUCAAAGCGGUCGUUUAUCUCCAUGCCAGCCGACGUGAGUAGUCCUGUGACCCUGGCCAACGGCCUCUCCUACGGUUACCACGCCAACUCCUGCCCGCAGCUGCAAGACAUUGUGUGGCCGAUCGUGGAGAGCGCGGUCCUGGGUGAGGUGGCCAUCGCCGCCGGCCUCCUCCGUAUCUUCUUCCACGACUGCUUUCCUCAGGGCUGCGACGCGUCCGUCCUUCUGACGGGACCCAACAGCGAGCGGGACCUGCCGCCGAACCAGACGCUGCAGCCGCGUGCGAUGCAGCUCAUCGAGGACGUCCGCGUCAAGGUACACGCCGCCUGUGGCGCCACCGUCUCCUGCGCCGACAUCAUCGCCCUCGCCACCCGCGACGCCGUCUUCGUGGUACGUGCACACGUCGGUCGCUGCAGUUGUACUGUACAACAAAAACAUCUCCCUACCUCACUCGCGAAAGAACCUAUGCAGGCCGGGGAAAGCGAAAUGUUCUACUUCUACGACCUGCCGCUCGGCCGGUUUGACAGCCUCGAGCCGGCUAAUAGCAGCGCCGUCUUCGACCUCCCGCAGUCCACCGCCGACGCCAACACGCUCAUCAACGUCUUCAAGAGCCGCAACCUCGAGCCGAUCGACCUCGUCGCACUCUCUGGCGCGCACACUGUCGGGAAGGCGCAGUGCAGCUCCUUCAACAACCGCUUCUCCGAGGACGCCGACUUCGCCCGGAGGCUCGCCGCCAACUGCUCCAGCGACCCGAACCGGCUGCAGGACCUCGACGUGGAAACCCCCAUCGUGUUGGACAACCAGUACUUCAAAAACCUGAUGGAGGGAAAGGGGGUGUUCACCUCCGACCAAGUGCUCAUCAGCGACGGGCGCACCGACUGGGCGGUCAAAGGCCUCGCCGAGAACAAAUAUUGGUUCUACAGCCAGUUCCGUGACUCCUUGGUGAAGCUGAGUCAGUACCAACCCGGAGGAAACGUGGGCGAGAUCCGCCGCAACAGCUGCUUCACGCCCAACGGACAGAGCAUUCCCGCCACCGCCGGUGACGAGGGGUUCGCAGCCUCUGCUUGAGUUCACCGCUCACUACGGGAUCGUCGUUUAGUUUGCUUGUAGUAAGAGUAUAAGCUCGUGUGUACUCUGCUUCGUUCAAUCCUCUUUCAUGAUGGCUCA